CGGAGGCCUUCCCCAGCUCGCUCGGUCCCGGCACACCCUCGAGGGGGUGGGGAGGCCGCCCCCUGGGCCGGGCCUCGCCUCAGGCGCCGCCGCCCCGCCCCAGGCCCGCCCCGCCGGGACUGAGGGGAGGAACCCGCCGGGCCUUCCCGCGCGGCCCAGACACCUCCGGAGUCGCCGCCACUACCCCAGUACCAUCCGUGCUCCGGACCCGAGGCUGCCCUUGGUUCCUUAGGCAGACGCCAUGAAGAUCAAGGAUGCCAAGAAACCCUCUUUCCCAUGGUUUGGCAUGGACAUUGGGGGGACUCUAGUAAAGCUCUCCUAUUUCGAACCUAUUGAUAUCACUGCAGAGGAAGAACAGGAAGAAGUUGAGAGCUUAAAAAGUAUCCGGAAAUAUUUGACUUCUAAUGUAGCAUAUGGAUCCACUGGUAUUCGGGAUGUACACCUUGAACUGAAGGAUUUAACACUUUUUGGCCGAAGAGGGAAUUUGCACUUUAUCAGAUUUCCAACCCAUGACCUGCCUACUUUUAUCCAAAUGGGAAGAGAUAAAAACUUCUCAACAUUACAUACGGUGCUAUGUGCUACAGGAGGUGGUGCUUACAAGUUUGAAGAAGAUUUCCGCACAAUUGGAAACCUCCACCUGCACAAACUAGAUGAACUUGACUGCCUUGUAAAGGGCUUGCUGUUUAUAGAUUCUGUCAGUUUCAAUGGACAAGCAGAGUGCUAUUAUUUUGCUAAUGCCUCAGAACCUGAACAAUGCCAAAAGAUGCCUUUUAACCUGGAUGAUCCCUAUCCACUGCUGAUAGUGAACAUUGGUUCAGGAGUCAGUAUUUUAGCAGUCCAUUCCAAAGACAACUAUAAGCGAGUAACCGGGACAAGCCUUGGAGGGGGUACCUUUCUGGGUUUAUGCUGUCUGUUGACUGGCUGUGAAAGUUUUGAAGAGGCUCUUGAGAUGGCAUCCAAAGGUGACAGCACCCAAGCCGACAAGCUGGUCCGUGAUAUUUAUGGAGGAGAUUAUGAAAGAUUUUGUCUGCCAGGUUGGGCUGUAGCAUCUAGCUUUGGAAAUAUGAUUUAUAAGGAGAAGCGAGAAUCUGUUAGUAAAGAAGAUCUAGCGAGAGCUACUUUAGUUACUAUCACCAAUAACAUUGGUUCUGUGGCACGAAUGUGUGCUGUUAAUGAGAAAAUAAACAGAGUUGUCUUUGUGGGAAACUUUUUACGUGUCAAUACUCUCUCAAUGAAACUUCUGGCGUAUGCACUGGAUUACUGGUCAAAAGGUCAACUGAAAGCAUUGUUUCUAGAGCAUGAGGGAUACUUUGGAGCAGUUGGUGCACUUCUUGGGCUGCCAAAUUUCAGCUAAAAAAUGUCAGGUUUCUCUCUCCUAAUAAAUGUCAUCCAAGAGGAACUGAAAACCAGAGGCAUCAUUACUGGGAACCAAAGGAUAACAGAGUAGCACUACUGCUGUUGAUUUUUAAAUGUCAGAAUGGUAGGCUGCUAAAAGUUGCCAUAUUAAAAGAGAGAGCUCGGUAAUGUGAAGUAUUUCUAAUUGAAAUGCUUUCCCUUCUGUAUAUAGGCAGUGUUAAAUCCUUAAAUGCAAUACAGCCUCUGAUUAUUGAGCUUCCUCUGAGAAGAUUUUCUAUUUAUUUUAUGUAGCCAACAUUGCAGUACUGUAUGCUCAAACACAAAUCUUAAAGUCUCAGAAAUGUUUAGCUCCUGAAAAUAAUUGAAUCUGAAUAUUUGUUAUAAGUGCGUUCUAUGUGUUUUGGUUACUAGUAAGUGGACCAUAACAUACCCUGUAUCAAACUUAGUGGACAGUGACAUACCCUGUCUCAAACUUACUGAAAUGGCUAUCAAAGAUGAUCAUUUUGAUGUGAUUUUAGAGAUGUUAAGGCAAAAUUAAUUUUUCAUUAUUGUAGUUUUGUCAACAUUUCCCCCGGAUAAAAGAGCAUGUUUAUGUCAUCUUUUUCCAGAUGUAUAAGCUUUUUCAAUUAAAAUACUGUUGUUAAGUAUUAGCCUGAAUUUUAAACUGAAUCCUAGAAAAUGCACAUGAUUGGUGAUAUUGCACUUUCUGUAUUUUUAAGUUAAUCAUUAUAUUUAAAAAUGUUUUGAUUUUUAAUUGGAGGCUUAAUUACUUAUUUGAAAGUCCAUUUAAGGAGGUCUCAGGACUCUUUAAGAGGGUGUGUUUUGCAUGCAUUGAUAGAGAGGUCUGUGCCCUUUCUGUACCAGUUAUCUCGGGCCCAAACGAAAUCAUUUCUGUUUAAUUAGGUCUGACCAUCAAAGCUAGAGACUUUAAUCUUAUAAACAGCAACAAAAUCAUAUUCUAAACAGAUGUGAUGGGAAUCUGAAAUAUGAGUUGUUUUGAAACUGUAGGAGUCUGAGGCAGUAUUACAGAAUUCUAAAAGGAUCAGUGUUUAACAUUUUAGUAAUAAAGGCAUUAUAGUUUCAAAUUA